AUGACUGGGAGUUCGUCUGAAUCGAUCUCACGACCAAAACCGGAGAAGAAGAGUGUUCAUCCUUUUCAUCGAUAUGGCGACAUCCAAUUGAUUUCCAAAGAUGGAAUAAUCCUCAUGGCAGAUUCCAGACGACUUUCAAAUCUCAGCUCGCGCAUGAGGGUGGAAGUCAGCAGAGCUCUUAAGAAGGAGAAGGAAGUUGACAUGAGAAGAUGGUCAUCCCAAACAACCAGUCUUUUCCUCGAUGUGAUCGACGUAUCAAAACCCAAAGAACCUAUAGUUGAUUUACCGGAAUUAUUCGAAUUAACCAGCAUUUAUGCUCAAUAUGUAUCACCUGUUGAUGACGAUUUCCUUGAAUCACUCGCCGAACGGAUGCUUGACCUAGCUCAGACCGACAACCUUCAAUGGUCGCUGCUUUUAUUCGCUGAUGAGGUCUUACCAGAGGAUCAAGGUGUACGACUGGCAAAGUUGACUCUACUGGCUAUGACUAAGGAAGCAUUUUUACACCCAGUGCUCUAUGAUUUCGAUAAGAAGGAGUUCGAGAAGGUCAUCUUCUGGGAAGCAGUCGGCCGUUUACAUUAUCCUUGGAAAGGGCAGUUACUGCGACUCACUCUUAUCGUACCCUAUGACCGAACAGGUGAUUCGAACGAGAUUAAAGUAACGACGAAUUGGGAGCAAGUGGCAAACGAGUUUGAUCCUGAGUGA